AUGAUCAAGCUGUCUUCAUUGUUGAAGAAUUCAUUACUCGUUCUUGCGGUCAUCAUGGUGGUUAUGGCCAGUGUGGUCUUGGCUGGUACUUCUGCACCCGACAAUUACGUACCACCCUUUUUCCCACAAACCUUGCCUUACUAUCAUAGUGUGGGAAAUCCUUGGAAAUUCCCACACCCUCCACAAUUUCCUCAAUACACUUUCCCUAAAAUAGAGGCUCCUCCAGCUCCUGCAGUGCCAAUCUUUAAGGCACCAGAUAUCUAUGCUCCAGAAAUUCCAAAAUUUAACUUUAAGGCACCUGAUAUUUAUGCUCCACCAAUGCCAGAAGCUCCAAAAUUCAAUUUCAAGGCACCUGAUAUUUAUGCUCCUCCAGCUCCUGCAGUGCCAAUCUUUAAGGCACCAGAUAUCUAUGCUCCAGAAAUUCCAAAAUUCAACUUUGUUCCUCCACAACCAAAUUGGGAUGGUUAUUUGAAGCCCAUUCAGCAAUUCCCAACUUUCCAAGUUCCAAAUUAUCAAUAUCCAACUUGGAAUAAUUAUUAUCAUGAAAAAGAUCAAGAUUAG